AUCUCAUAGUUUGUGCCUCCUCAUGUUCCACGUUGUCGAAUUGACGAUUGUGGUGUCGUUCUUCCACGUAGCAAGCAGGUAUCAACGAGUUGCCACGGUAUGCGAAAGCUUCUGGCAGAGUUCGUGACGGAUACCAAGUGAACAGAUGUGUGUUUGAGCCCGUAGUGACUCGCUGGAGUGAAGAAAACGCAAGGAAACUGAAUUAACAAUGAAGAACUUAGGAAUUUUUCUGCUACUCGUCGUCCCGGCGAUUAUUCUCACUUUUGAUUUCGGAAAGACUGUGGCGUACGCACAAGAAGAUGAAAUUAUUGAUGACACGGUUGAUGUUGAAAGUGAAGAAGGUACUGUUAUUACUGAAGAUGACAUAGAAGAAGAAGCAAGUACAGCAUCACCAGAUGCUGAUACAGUCAUAUUAUUUACUAAACCUAGCUUCACUACAGCCAGUAGUCAUGAAUUCCCAGCUGGAAAUCUUGUCGAAUUUCUUGUUGGUUUUACUAACAAAGGAGAAACUGAUUUCAUUCUUGAAACUCUUGAUGCCUCCUUCCGCUAUCCAAUGGACUUCAACUUGUAUAUCCAAAACUUCUCAACAAUUGCAUACAACAAAGUUGUCAAACCAGAUCACGAAGCAACUUUAUCUUACUCUUUCAUCCCUUCUGAAACUGUUGCUGGGCGACCUUUCGGUCUGAGCAUCAAUCUCAAUUACAGAGAUGCCAAUGGUCUUCAAUUUAGUGAAGCAGUCUACAACGAAACUGUGCAAGUCAUAGAACUGGAUGAGGGUCUCGAUGGUGAGACUGUAUUCCUCUACAUUUUCCUGGCUGCAUGUGUCGUUCUCACUCUUGUUGGUGGUCAGCAAUUACUUACUUCCCUGGGACGUAAAUCUCGCUCUUCCUCUUCACGUAAAACUACCGUGGAAAUGGGCACCUCCAAUCCUAACAAUGUUGAUUAUGAUUGGUUACCAAAGGACACUCUAAACAGACUCAACAAGUCCCCGAGAACUCCAAAACAGAGUCCAAGACAAAGGAAAACGAAACGAGCAGCAGGCUCUGAUGACUGAAGUGUGUUUAUAUGUAUUAUUUAUAUGAAAAUUGUAUGAAACUGAAGAGCCAAUGAAUGAUAGGAACUAAUAAUGGUCAACAUAUGGUUGCACGAUAAUUUUUUUAAAUUACAUUUACUAUUAUAAUGCCUCAAAAAAGAAGUAAAUUCAUAUUAUACUUGGACUCGAAGAGGAUACAUUUUCAGGGUGCAAAAACUUUUAUCUGUACGUUAAUCGACAAACAAUAUGAUGUACUAUCAACAUAAUUUAUCUCAUAAUAUUUAAGAACGAGACAAAAAAUAAGAACAAUGGACCUUUUCUACGUAAACAUGAAAUUUUGCGAUGUACAGAUGGCGCGAGUAAAAAAUUAUUUUUACUUAAUUAGGUCCAUAUUAAAAAUUUACUCUAAACGUCAAAAUUGCUCUACUAUUUCUAUUGACUGAUAAUGGAAUGUUAUUUCUGAUUAAAAGACGUAGUACUAAAAAAGGGUAUAUUUGACGGUAAAUAUAAUUUUUAAAUAUGGGCCUUAAUAUUUCGGACACUACUUGUGGCGCGUGUGACUUGUGAUUUGUUUUUCUUUUCUUUGUUUACGUAACUUUAAAAUAGAAGCAACAAUGCAGUAUCGGUUAAACGUCAAAGAAUAAAAUUUAAUAUUUUCUUUUGGUUUCGACAUUCAUAUAUUUAGUUGUUGUUCUUGUGACAUUUAUGUAUAAGAAAAAUUAAGAAAUUCUCUCAGCGCACUAUGAUUUUUGUUACUUAAGGUUUUUUUCUUUUUCUUUUUUUUUUCUUACUGCCACGUGCUGUGUGAAUAUUUACGUACCAUGAAAUUGUAAUGAAAAGCGCAUAGAUUAAUGUAGGCCAAAUGUAGGGAAUAUUUGUACUGGCAUUUUCAAGCAGUUUUUGAAAUUAAUUUACAUAUUUGGUAUAUGUCGGAACUCUCAUAAAGUACAAGAGACAUUUUGUUCAUCCAA